UUUUAUGUCGUCGGCUCAUUUCGCACUCCGCAGCAGCGCACACACACAGCCUAGUGCGAACUUCCACUGCCGCCGCCGCCGCCGCCGCCCGCAGCCCGCACCGACGCCGGAAGAUGGCCUUGCCGGCUAUCCCCGACGAGCUCCUGGUAGAAAUCCUCCUCCGCCUUCCCACCCCAGAGGACCUCAUCCGCGCCUCCGCCGCCUGCGUCUCCUUCCGCCGCCUCGUCGCCGACCGCGCCUUCCUCCGGCGCUUCCGCAAGCUCCACCCCGCGCCCCUCCUCGGCUUCCUCGACUACAAAGGAUUCCCCCCCGCCGUACCGCCUCACCCCUCCGCGCGGGCGGCCAGCGCCGUCGCCAGCGCCGCCGACUUCGACUUCACCUUCCUCCCCGCCCCCUACUGGGGCUGGACCGUGCGGGAAGUCCGCGACGGCCGCGUCCUCCUCGACAGACCCUGCCGUCACGACGAGCUCGGACCCCUCUUCAAGGAGAUGGUGGUGUGCGACCCCCUGCACCGGCGGUACCUCCUGCUCCCCCCAAUCCCCGAUGACCUAGCCGCUCCGGCUGUGUGCCAAAUCCUGAUAGAAAGGGAUUGCUUCGCCGACUGCUUCCUCGCCCCUUCCGGCGACGAGGAGGAGGCAGAAGCUAUGGAGGAGGAGACUUCAUUCAGAGUUUUCUGGCUGGUGCUGCUCCAAACUAAACGGGCGGUACUUGCCUUCUCUUCCUCCACAGGGCAAUGGCGAGCCAUUACAUCCCUAACUUGCAGCUUACUUGGCUUUGUCUUGUCUACAUGGACGCUUUUGUCCGUGUCGCGCCAUUACGCGCAUGGCUGCUUCUACUGGAUUUCAGGUUUGAGUGAAAAGUUGCUCGUGCUUGACAUCCGGAGGAUGGAGUUCUCCAUGCCUGACCACCCACCAUGUGUCAGAGUUUUGAGGGGUGAUGUAGCCAUCGUGGAGGCAGGCCAAGGCGUGACUGUGAUGUUUGUUCCUAAACCUGACACAUCUCGGCGUGUUUAUACUGUUUGGCGAAACAAUGGUUGGAGUUCCACCCAGUGGCAGAUGGAGAAUGAGGCAUUUUCGCUGGAUUCUGGGUCCUUUAUGAUAGGUGCAGUGGGGAGGCACUUGCUCCUACAUUAUGGCAUGAUCUCAUCGGUCAAGACAGGUUGUUACACGCGGGAUGUCAACACACUCCAGCUUGAGAGGGUGUGUGAUUCAUGUCCCCACCAGUCAGAAGCAUAUUGCAACUUCCCACCAUCGUUAUUAUCGUCACCGACAGUGUCAAGUGUCCCACGCCACACCAACUACCAAGGAGUGGACGACGCUGUGCCGGCACCAGAACCACGACAAUCUGACCCUGGAGGCGUGGAAGGACCUACCGGUCAAGAACCGACGGACCUCGCCAGGGAACUGCCGUGCAAGCGCCGUCGUCUCAGCGGCCGCUCGGGCUCCAGAACCCAUGGAGGCGGGUCGCGAUGGACGGGGAGAAGGAGGCUGAGGCUUGACCCGUGGUGGAUGAGGGCCUGGGGGCGGAUGAGGGGCCAGAUCAAGCUGCUGUCCAGGACUGCUGCGGCCAAGACCUUGGGUGGGAGGGGCUUGCCUAGGGUGUGCUAGCAGCUAGCUAGAUGGAGACAUGGAGUGACUCGAUCCUUUUUGUAAGGUUUAUACUAUUUGCCUGCUGCAUAUCGAUCUGAUUUCUUUGAGUUACCUUCUAGGGAUCUGGAGAAUUUUUGCAUCCAAGCAUGAACACGCUACUUUCAAAUUCCACUGGAUUCUUGUUGAUCCACUUUUUUCGGUCCACGCGUGUGAUGUUGUAGCAGUCAGGGGCUAAAUGCAUGGCAUCCUGUUUGAUCUAGCAUGUGGACCAGCACCAACAAAGUUGACCGCUGCAGAAAAUGAAUGAUCACAAAUGAAUCCCUUUCAUACAUUUUUCUCAUUUCUGAAUCCUGGCUUUCAAAUGAAUGGUCGCUGCACCAUUUAGAGGGAAACAGAUCUGGUGCUGCAGCAAAGUCUGAUGAAAUUGCUGGAAACCUGGACGAGUUGAAGGAGUUGGUACCGAGGAUAGAGUCUGCCAUGUCCCGAAAGCAAAGCAGAGCAGAUUGCAAGGGAUACACAUGGCCCAGGAAGCAUGUGUUUUUCAUAUAUAUCAAACUUAAUUGUUCCUAUAACUUAUGCUCCGGGGUGUUGGUUCAUGCUACCAAACCUGGAUGGCUGGAUCAAGUUCCAAUUAUCAUUCGACACCUGUUAUGAUGGUGAUUAUGCACCUUGAAUUCUUGCAAAUUAAUCUGAAGAUUUGCUGUUGCUUUAUAAUAUUCGGCGGAUCUCUCGUAUUUAUUUAUAUUUUCUAUAUAUGGUCUGAUGGCUUGUUGGAGGCUGUCAACUAACUUGGUGCUUAUCUGUUGGUUGAUUAUGUAAUGAACCAUAUCCUGUCCUGUCUGCACUUGGCGCUCAAUAUAUUUGCAUUGCAUUGCUGCUGAUGUAACUCCUUAUGCUGCACGCAAUGAAGAAGCCUAUUCAGUCUUCUCCAGUUGCAGAUCCAAGGAGGGGAGGAUAACUAGGCAAGCAUACUGAAGAACUCACAACAUGAACAACACCGCGCACGGCCGGGCAGGGAUGCUUCCUUGGUCGUCGGCCCGCCCUGCAGGUGCCGCGGCCUUGACGGCGCCGCAGCUGAGGCAGAUGAGGGCGCAGUGCCUCGUCUUCCUCGCCUUCAAGAACCAGAUGGAGCCCAGGAAGCGGCACCUCGAGGUCGCGCUCGGUGAGGAUGAGAUCGACGGAGCCGGCUGCCACGGCGAGACGACGACGACGACGAGCUCGCCUUCUCAAGCCUCGUCGUCCUCUGCCGCACCGUUGCCGCUGCCACACCUCCUGCCCAUCUCCUCGCUGCGGCUGUCCCCGCCCGUGACGGAGCAGGAGCAGGAGCAGGAGCAGGAGAAUCGCCACCGCAACGACGACCCGGAAGCAGAACAUGAGUAAUUGAUGGUUGUAUCCUCUUUCUCCCCACGACUGGGCCAUCGACCAAAAAUGAAUGAGAGGCUCCUUUUGGAUACAAAGUGUUGUUCUCAUACAUACCUAUAACAACUUUGAUUAGCCUUCUCAUACACACACACAUAUAAACUUUGGUUAGCUUUGUAGCUCAUUAGUUUUGUGUUUUGUCGCAUCUUUGUAGGUCUUUGUGCGUUGUGUAUAUCUAGCGAGGAGAUGCAAACAAACGACAUAUCUGUUAAAAUCUUUAUA